CUGGCCUGGUGAAGGUGCUGUGGGGGUUUCCAGGCGGGCGCUGUCAAGAGUGUCGGUCUCGCUGGGCAGGCCCGGGCAGCGGGGGCUGCAAUGGGCCCCGGUGCGGACCAGGGCGCUGGCAGCUUUGUCCGGUCCUCCGGGCCCGUCUGCUGGAACGGCAGCCGGUGCGCCUUACGGGUAGAGCUGCCGGCACGGCACCGCCCCCGACUCUGUGCCCUCCUCCCCGUCUGCCUGGGCCUGCGGGGUCCGCUGCAUCCGCCAGAGAGAGGGGCGCGGGGCCGGCCGGGGAGCUGCCGUCCGUGGGCUGUCCCGGCGGCGCGAGUGAGGAAGCGCUGGGGGCUGUCGCCAGCGCAGAGGCGGCGAGGCAUCGCGGGGCUUCUGUUGACCUCUGUUGAAAGUCUCCCAUCUGCCCUUGUUCUUGUUGAGGCCUCUGCAGGUUUGGGAGCUAGGAUUUCUUUGUGGAAAUGUCUUCCUCCCAGGAUCUGCCAAGUGUCUCCAUAUACUCGGGGCAGGGCAGCUGGUUCUGGUCUAAUAUCCAGUCAGACUUUGUGUGACAUGAAGCAGAAACAGGAUUUUCUAGCACAGAGUACUCAGGUUUUGACAUGGGCAGAAGAGGGAGAGUGCUGUGAACUUGACUGCUGUACCUUCAUUUUGUGUUCUGGUGUGACCUGCCAGAUGAAAGAGGACACAAUUAAGGUGCACACUCUGCCAAACGAAAAGUAAGCAGCUGCUCUGACGUACACUUGAGCUGACAUGGAGUUCACAGCUUCUCUCAACUGACCGUAGAAGGUGACAGCUGGUGUUUCUGUGAAUGUGGACAGUUAAUUUAAUAGAACUUCCCUUCCCUCCCCAAUUCCUCCUUUCUUAGAUGUCUCCUGUAAGUAAUUUUUAGCUGUGGCUAAGCUAACAAACACAUGAAAAAAACCUUUUGUUCCAGCUGCAUGCAUUUCACCUCUAAGUAUCCAUGAAGGAGUGUGCAAAGCUAGGCAGCGUCCAAGUGCUGGUGGCUUUACAUAUAAUUGGAAAGGGGAACAAAUUCCAUUUUGGUAAUGAAUAACAAAGAUGAUGAUGACCUGGCUGAAGAUCCAUUUGGUGUGACAAGUAGAGGCAAUGUAAGAUGCAUGUGUUUUCUGAGAACGUCGCAGACAUGUGAUGUUUGUCCGUGACAACCCUCCAACUAAGCAAUUCUGGGAAUGAGAUAUGUAAUAAAAGCACAUCAGAAUUCUAGCUCCCUCUUCCUGUACAGAACUACUACUACACAGAUUGUUGUUUUAGCUGCAAGAUUGGUAAUGGUAGAAAACACAUUUGUCCACAGCAACGCUGUUGUUAUUAAAUAGGUGGAAGACAGGGCAAUAGAAGUGCUGUUGUGACAGAAAACGCAGGGGAGCCUGAAACCCUAGAAUGCAGGACUGAAAAGGAUGCAACAUGCUCUUCUGCAACUUCUGCAGAGUGUAAUGGAGAAAAAUGCUGCUUCUGGAUAGAUCUGCUUUGCUUCUAUGGCAGGAGUUCUGGGUGUUGGUCUGAUCGCAUAAUCUCAGACCGUAUUAGAAUAGAGGAGAGGGAGAGAGAGUCUCUUGGUCUGGUAGGAAGGUUUGAUUUAAAUGGGAUUUUGCAAAAGGUCAAGAACAUCGACUCCUCAAGUUAAAAUAGGCUAUUUCCUUCACUUUUAUUGACAGUACAGAAGGUCUUAGAAGAGUCUACAUGAUUCAGCCCCAUUGAGAUUCUGAAAGUGAGGUAAUACUGAGAGGAUGUCCAGACUCAGUGGGGUCCAGUAUGCUUACAGCUGAGGCAGAGACUAGCCUUGGUCAUCUCUUCUGUUGGGUAGAAAGUACGCUAUGCAUGAAGUUCCCAGGACCAAUAUUAUAAUAAGACUAUGUGCUCCUGUAUGUGUGAACAGGGUGUCAAGGCUUUAUAGUUACUGUCAUCCAUGGAAAGUAAAGGGAAGGGCCUGUCUGAGUGAAAUUCAUGGACUAGAUUUGGUGGCAGCAUUUCUCCUUAGUCAAGUGGGUGGCAUGAGAAGCUGUGCAAAGGUAGGUAACAAAUUAGUCUGCAGGAAGACGCUUGUAUCAAGCCUGGUUUUAUCCUACCUAACUUGCCCAGACACAAAAAAAAACAAACCAAAAAAAAACCACCCUAGUUUAUCUUGUAUAAAUCUCAAAUAUUAAUUUUCACUUCUGUCUUUUAUGGCUGUUCUUUAGCUGUGAAAUCUGAGCUAUCACACAGUGAAGACAUUUAUUUGAUAUUUGACAUUUAAAUUAGUAUCUUAGGAUGUCCGCUUUAUAUUUGAUUCAAAGGUUCUCCCAUUUUAUUAUCUCCAUGUGUCCUGAUCACAUAAGCAAGUCUCCUACUGCACUUGGAUUUUUAAUAAAAAAAUAAAAAGGGUGGGGUGGAGGAGAUUGGAAGCAUUUCUCACUUGGCAUGAGAAGAUUGUUCAGCAUCUUCGCCAAAAGGGGAGCCAGGAGAAUAUGGUAUGUUUGAAGAAAUUAGUUUGAGGUUAUCAUGUCCUUCUCUCUGGCCAUAACACCUCACAAGGAGAUUUUUUUUUUUUUUCCUUUGCAAGAGAUGGUAAAUUGGCUUAGUCUGGAGUGGAUGUGAUCUAGCUCUGUCCCUGCUGUCUUUGAGAAGAUACUGGUUAGAUAGAUGCAAACUCUAUUAAUUAUGGCUGCAAGGAACCGUUAGUCUUGUGGACUUGAUCUCUUCUAACUCUGAAAAGCAUGUAUGUUACUUGUAAUUUGAAUUAGUUUAGCUUAAAUUUUCAGCCCUUGGUUGGACCAGCUGCUUUAGAAGCUGUUGCUCUGUCCUAUUCAGAUAUUCAACAGAUGUAAUUCUUAAAUAAGAUUAUUGCAAAAUGUCUUCCAGAUCAUAAAUAAUUUCUGCCAUUCUUCACAUUGAGCUUUUCUAUGCUAUCUUUCAGUUGAGGACCGCAGAGCCAGACUCAGGCUCAAGUGUCAUUUUCAUCUGUACCAGUCCUAAAAGGGAAAAUAAGCCCUGCUGGUUAAGGUGUUCCAGGGCUGCAAUCAGACUCCUUCCUGGGGAAUGCUUCUGUGGUGCUCAGCCUCAAAAGAGAGGAACCGAUUACUUUUUUACAUAUUCCUACAUGUUUGGUUUUCAGACAUAAAGCUGACCUAGAAGUUGCACUAAACUUUCAUAUAGAAUCAGACCCGUGGAUUCUUGACAAAAUCUGCUAGUCCUACACCCAAAGAGUUAAUAAUAUUACUGAGAAACUGCCUAACUGUGUACCUGCAAAAAUCAUUUAUUCCUCAAGAGAAAGAGAGGAAAAAAAAGAUAAGUAGAGAAGUCAAACUAACAGCAAGGACAUUAUUUAUUCUACCAAGUAGAAGACUCAUUAUAUUACUUUAAGGCCUUACUUCCAAUUUUGUAUCCAAAGGUCAUGGCUCAUGUUGGAAAGAUCAAUUAUUAUAUCAGUGUAUCAGGCUCAACACAGAAAUGCCAUCCAAACAGUGCAUAUAGAACCUUUGCAUAUUGUGUUUGCCCUAGCAGAUAGUUAAUCUGGGUUACUGUUUGCUACCU